AGCGGAAUCAAUAAGACACCCAAUUUCGAAUUUUUUGAUGAUACGUUAUUUUGCAUUUCAGGUGAUAUGUAGUAUAUGGGAGUUGGUAAUAAAAUUAAUCAUAUGGAGUAAAGUCAGCCGGAUGUCCGAAAAUCCUGAUAUUAGGUAUAUGGUGGUUAAGUCAAGUUUUCCUUAAAUUUAUUUAUUUUAGGCACAAAGAUAUACUGUUAUAAGUAAAACACGCUAGUUCAUUUUCAUUGCGAUAACUCUCAUAUUGGCCCAAGAAUGAUAGAAAAGAGAUUACGCAUUGCGCAGGUCCGUUAUACUUGAAAAAUGUAAGCAAACAAUUGCUUACGUCACACGGCGCAGUAAAAAAUUUGACAGCUAUAAAUUCGUGGUACCAAUCAAUGUGAAAACAUAGAAACAAUUUAUUUUACCCGUGUAAUUUUGUAUUUAAAUAACAAAAUGAAAUGUGUAGUGAAAAACUAUGUCAAUGAUAGAAGAAAUAAAAAUGUGAAGAAAACAUUUUUUAUGUUUCCGAACGACAAAGGGCAGCAAAAAAGUGGAUCCAAUUUUGUAGAAAUAAUUAAGCAUUUCACUUCAACGAUGAAGACAUUAUUGGAAACGGGAUGUACGAAAUGGACCUUGCCGCCAAAAGGACUUUGAAACCAGGAGCUAUUCCCUGUCGCUAUAACGUUGCAGCUAGUGAAAAUGAGCAGCGAGCCACCAGAGCUGAGCGCAGGGAAAAUAAGAAAAUAGUGACUUCAUUGUUGAUAAAUGUUGACCAACCUCAAGAAGUGCGAGUACAGUGUAUACCUGCUGAAGAUUUUAACGUGACUGAGGAUUGUGCAGACCUUUCAAUGGAAAAUAGUUUGAAUGAAUUGUGCACUGAAGACGCUGCUAUUAAAGAAACUUAUGCCAAUAUUGCGAAAUUCAAUUAUCAAAAGAAACGUAAAAUAAGCAAAUUUAAGAAAUAAUUGUAUAGAUUAUAUAAAUAACUUUUAAUAUGACUAAAAUAUAACUAAAAAUAUUUAAAAAGAAAAAAAACUAAAUAAUCUGCGCCGAUUCAUAUUCAAAUAAAAAACACAAGCGGAAUAAAAUAAAAAACGUUAUAAAAUCUGAAUUGUUUAAUUUAAAUAUUUCUUUUAAUUUUAAGUUUUAUGUUAAAUAUUCAAUUUAAUCUAUAAUUGUAAUUAUUUUCAUAUUUAACUUGCACUGUGUUUUUUGUAAAUGAGUUAAUUUUUCCAUUUUUUGUUUGGUGCGUAUUUU